UUCCCUGUGCUUGAUGCCCAACCAUGUCAUGACGGACUGGCCGUGCUUGCCACGCGCCGCACCAGGGCCCUGAAUGCCCCGCCUUGAUGCAGCAUUCACCCAUCACAGUGCCACAGACUUGAUUGUCUUGAUGCAGCGCUCGAGAUAAUCCUCACAUGUCGCUGAUGAGGACGCGUAACCCUUACCCGCACCGGUAGCGGUCCUGCUUGUCGAUAAGUUGUUGCCUUGAGGCUCAAUUCGCGAAUACCCAGUUACUUGUACCUCGUGCCCACCCCGCCACAUCCACAACACUCGCCCUCAUGGCUACCAUCAACACCCCCGUGAGCCUUCCUGAGGUGACGGAACAAGCCGGGAACUACACAUACAAUGCGCACAUUCCGUUGGCGAAUUGGCUGCGCACAGCCAGUACUAUGCAAAAAGAGGCCCAAGUCUAUGAAGCAGAGGGCAACGACGCGCAGACCUAUCUCCUCCUGUACCGACACGCCGAUCUCGUCCUUCAAAAGCUACAGGGCCAUCCGGAUAGAAACAAACCGGAGAACCGGAAAGCGCUGAAUGCUGCAACGGCAGCCGUCAGUCGAGAUCUGAAGAAGCUCGAGGAGAUCGCGCCGCGCAUCAAGAAGAGACAUGAGGAACAUGAAGAAAGGAGACGGAGACAGAAGGAGGCUCUAAGGUCGUUGGAAGGAACUGGCGUCGGAGCGCUUCCCCAGGAGCUGGACGGGCUGGCCAUUCAAGACCGAGGGUCCAAGAGAAGGUCAUUUGAUUCCAGACCCACAAUCGAUGCACGCUCUUUGGAAAACCAAUCACUGGCCGCAAGACUGGCGCAGAGGGAAGUUCGGAGGAGAGAUACCAUUAGAAGAGGUGUGCGACAGUAUGGUGUGUCGGAAGAAGAGGAGCAGGCACGUCGAAGUGGAGGCACAUGGGACAGCUGGCAGAACCAGCUCAGCCAGCCAGCGGGCGACGGAGAUGAUAUCUCGAACCAACUGCAAGAAGUUGCAAGGCUCCAGCAGAACGGCCAUAGAACAUCAUACUCCUCGCGUCCUACGUCUCAGACCGCGUCUCCAUAUCACUACCCUACCGUUCCAUACAAGACCGCUCAAGACAGAUGGUCAGACUCACAGUCGCGCGACGCAGCACCUGCGCGACCUCCGAAAGAGCAGAUAUACAGACAAUCCGGAACACCGUCAGCGCCACCACCCUUGCCGCCCAAGUCGCCAGCUUCUACGUACGAUGCGCGAUUCGACCACUCGCGGCCUCCGCCUGUCCCAGGCAAGAUCUCGGAAGGCGCGCCACCUCUACCAAGCAAGAUACCCGACCAAAGACCGUUGACUCCUUCAGCCGAACUCGAUGAGUUUACAUUCAAGCCUUCUGCAUUCCUCGAGAAUGGCGACCCCCUUCGUCCUGUCUUCCUCCCGUCCCAAUUGCGCAAUCAGUUCCUGGCUGUUGCUUCGUCCAACACACGUCUCAACUUGGAAACAUGCGGUAUGUUGGGUGGAAUAUUGAAGUCUAACGCCCUCUUCAUUACACGGCUUAUCAUUCCCGAGCAAACAAGUACAAGCGACACAUGCGAGACGUUGAAUGAAGAGGAGCUAUUCGACUACUGCGACAAAGAGGAGCUCAUGGUUCUUGGCUGGAUCCAUACACACCCAACGCAAACCUGCUUUAUGAGCAGCAGAGACUUACAUACGCACGUCGGAUACCAGGUCAUGAUGCCGGAAAGCAUCGCAAUCGUUUGCGCACCGACAAAACAGCCUAGUUGGGGAUGCUUCCGCCUGACUGACCCCCCGGGCAAACAAGCCAUUCUCAAUUGCAGCCGACCUGGUAUCUUCCAUCCUCAUGAUGUCGAUAACAUCUACACGGAAGCCUUGAAACCAGGCCACGUAGUUGAGCUGACCGAUGCGCCGUUGGAGAUUGUUGAUAUGAGGCCUAAGAAGAACUUUUAAAGACUGCCUUCUCUACACUUUGAGGACGAUAUGACCGCAAAACCAAUACCCAACCCAUGGAGAUUAUCCAUCACGAAGGAACAAACCUUACCGCAUAGCGAGGAGUUUUUGUGCAUUUGGGAUUCUAUGAAUCUGCUGGUGUGUUUCAAUAGGAUUAAAUGUGGCAUGCCUAAAGACCAGCAUACGAAAUCAGUAUUGCCCGAGUAUCAUUGUCCUUUGGCGAAA